AUGGGGAUUUGUCAUGGGAAACCCAUCGAGCAUCAAUCGAAGAAUACCCACCAAGUUUCCGGCGAAAUCGACGAAGCUCCGACGAAUUCGCAACCGGCGAAAUCAUCUGGGUUUCCGUUUUACAGCCCUAGUCCUUUACCUAGCUUAUUCAAAUCCUCACCUGCAAUAUCAUCGAGCGUGAGUUCUACGCCUCUUCGUAUCUUCAAGAGACCUUUUCCUCCUCCUUCACCUGCAAAGCACAUACGAGCUUUCCUCGCUCGUCGCUAUGGCUCCACUAAGCGUAACGAGGUCUCGAUUCCUGAAGGUAAGGAAUUUGAGAUCGGUCUCGAUAAGAGUUUUGGGUUCUCGAAACAGUUUGCUUCACACUAUGAGAUUGAUGGUGAAGUGGGUCGUGGACAUUUUGGGUAUACUUGCUCUGCUAAAGGGAAAAAAGGUAACUUGAAAGGUCAAGAAGUAGCUGUGAAAGUUAUUCCUAAAUCUCAGAUGACAACUGCAAUUGCAAUUGAAGAUGUUAGUAGAGAAGUGAAGAUAUUGCGGGCUUUGACUGGUCAUCCGAACCUAGUUCAGUUCUAUGACGCGUUUGAAGAUGAUGAAAAUGUUUAUAUUGUCAUGGAGUUAUGCAAAGGUGGUGAACUCUUGGACAAAAUACUUCAAAGGGGUGGCAAAUACUCAGAAGAUGAUGCUAGAAAAGUUAUGGUUCAGAUUCUUAGUGUGGUUGCUUACUGUCAUCUACAAGGUGUGGUUCACCGUGACCUUAAACCCGAGAACUUUCUGUUCACUACCAAGGACGAGACUUCACCUCUGAAAGCAAUUGAUUUUGGUCUUUCUGAUUAUGUCAAGCCAGACGAGAGGUUGAAUGAUAUUGUAGGAAGUGCUUAUUACGUGGCCCCGGAGGUUUUACACCGUACAUAUGGAACAGAAGCUGACAUGUGGAGUAUUGGAGUGAUUGCUUAUAUUCUUCUCUGUGGAAGUCGACCCUUUUGGGCCCGUACUGAAUCUGGAAUAUUCCGAGCUGUCCUUAAGGCAGAACCCAAUUUUGAAGAAGCUCCUUGGCCGUCUCUAUCACCUGAUGCUGUAGAUUUUGUGAAAAGACUGCUAAACAAAGAUUACCGUAAAAGACUAACUGCGGCCCAGGCUUUGUGUCAUCCCUGGCUGGUUGGCUCGCAUGAACUAAAGAUUCCAUCUGAUAUGAUCAUAUACAAGCUUGUAAAAGUGUACAUAAUGUCAACUUCAUUGAGAAAAUCGGCUUUAGCGGCUCUUGCCAAGACAUUAACUGUACCGCAGUUAGCUUAUCUGCGGGAGCAAUUUACAUUGUUGGGGCCAAACAAGAAUGGAUAUGUCUCGAUGCAGAAUUACAAAACAGCAAUCCUAAAGAGCUCAACAGAUGCUACCAAGGAUUCACGAGUAUUGGAUUUCGUUCACAUGAUUAGUUGUCUUCAAUACAAGAAACUAGACUUUGAAGAGUUCUGUGCAUCAGCCUUAAGCGUUUAUCAGCUGGAAGCAAUGGAAACAUGGGAGCAACACGCACGACGUGCUUACGAGUUGUUUGAGAAAGACGGGAAUAGACCCAUCAUGAUUGAGGAACUUGCAUCGGAACUCGGACUCGGGCCAUCAGUCCCGGUACACGUUGUUCUUCAAGACUGGAUAAGACAUUCGGAUGGCAAGCUUAGUUUCUUGGGCUUUGUCAGACUACUACACGGCGUGUCUUCUCGGACAUUACAGAAAGCUUAG